AUGGCGAUGAUGAUGACUGGCCGUGUGCUGCUGGUAUGUGCCCUCUGCGUGCUGUGGUGUAGUGCCGGCGGUGUCUGUACUGACGAGGAGGAGACAGCAGGUCGUGGGAGUGGUGCUGACCUUCUGCUGGGAUCAAAAGGAGUUGAAACUUCUCCACAAGAUACCCAAGGGUCACAAAAUAGAGCACCAGGUGGAGAAGAAAAAUUAACUCCCGUAGUUAUAGAGGAAGCUGAUGAAGAUGAUGAUAAUGAUGAUGAUGAUGAAGAUGAACAUGAUGGAGAGACAAAAGCGGAAAAAGAAAACAUUACUGAAAGGCAGAGUGUUCAAGAAGGAACAGUUGCAAUAGGCUCAGAUUCCAGGGAAAAGAACUUAAGUGGUAGUGAGAGGAAAACAGUCCAGCCAAUCGUAUCUCCAGAGGGCAUUUCUCCUUCCGACAAUCAGGAAUCAAAAACCAAUCCUACGCAACCGGAAGAUGAAGGAAAUAAGGACACCGACGAAAAUACACCAGCAGUAGGGAACGCACUCACAACAGUUAACGGAGAGCACACACUGCCCGAGGGCAUUGCGGGAGGAAAUUCUCCACCAGCUCCAGAAGAAGGUGUUGAUUCCCGCAAAAAGGAUGGCGAAGACGCCACGAGUGAGGGCGAAAAAAAUGUACCGUUGCCUGCGACCGCAGCCACACCACAAAGCCACCGAAACAAAGGCUCAGAAGGGACUGGGAAAGAUACAAAAGCAACGACAGUAACCGCCAACACAACUGAUACGACGAACACACAAAACAGUGACGGCAGCACCGCAGUCUCCCACAACACCUCCCCUCUUUUGCUUCUUCUUGUUGUUGCGUGUGCGGCUGCUGCUGCGGUGGUGGCCGCGUGA